AUGUCCACCACCACCACCUUGACGAUCCCCCUCCCGCCCUCACAACGCCUCCGUUUUAUCCGCUCGAUGAAGAAGCUCGGCGACCUGCUUACCGAGACACAGAGCACACUUGCCCUCCCCGACCCGUUACACAAUGGCCCGCGCCACGGCCGCUCAGCGUCGGUGUCCCUCUCCCCGGGCUCUUCAUCAUCGCGGACUUUCUUCUCACUCCGCACACCGACAUUGCGCUCCCCAGGGCCGCUCUCCGCGACCUUCCCGCCCAACGCAUAUUCACCUGCCAGUGCAACGCCGAUUACGCCGACGACAAUCGACCCUGAAGCGUUGAAGGAGCAUAAUCUUGCCAAGGCAUCGUCGAUGUUGGGCGAGAAUGUCCCGCCCGAGCUCGUCAUGCACAAAGGGAGCAAAGGGAAGGGGAGGAAACGGUCCAGCACCGUCAGUGUCCCAGAGUUCUCUACUCCCAGCCAAACCCAAACUCUCCCGCGCAAACCGCGCCACAGCCCCCGUCCCUCACUCAAACACGCUGUCUCCUCGUCAUCCCUCGCACCCUCUUCUUCCUCCGACGAGCCAUUUUCCUACGAUACGCUCGUUGCCGCCGCCGACCUCGACAUUCCGCCCGUCCCGGUCCUCUUCGCGCCAACCCAGUCUUCUGGGUCCAUGACUGCGGGGAAGCGUGACCGGAGCAUGUACCGCAAGGAGGCAUGCUGGAGCGGGGAGUGGUCUGGCUCCGUCAACGGGCACAUUCGCACGAUGGAGGAUGUCGUCCGUGGCCUGCGCGAGCUGCGUGCCUGA